AUGGUGAAUGUCUAUAAAAGGGAGGAGAGGGGCGAGCGAGACCGGGAGAGAGAGGAGAGAGGCGAUCGAGACGGGGAGAGAGAGGAGAGAGGCGAUCGAGACGGGGAGAGAGAGGAGAGAGGCGAUCGAGACGGGGAGAGAGAGGAGAGAGGCGAUCGAGACGGGGAGAGAGAGGAGAGAGGCGAUCGAGACGGGGAGAGAGAGGAGAGAGGCGAUCGAGACGGGGAGAGAGAGGAGAGAGGCGAUCGAGACGGGGAGAGAGAGGAGAGAGGCGAUCGAGACGGGGAGAGAGAGGAGAGAGGCGAUCGAGACGGGGAGAGAGAGGAGAGAGGCGAUCGAGACGGGGAGAGAGAGGAGAGAGGCGAUCGAGACGGGGAGAGAGAGGAGAGAGGCGAUCGAGACGGGGAGAGAGAGGAGAGAGGCGAUCGAGACGGGGAGAGAGAGGAGAGAGGCGAUCGAGACGGGGAGAGAGAGGAGAGAGGCGAUCGAGACGGGGAGAGAGAGGAGAGAGUAAAAAUGGGAACAGAAGUUUUGCGGCCACAAAAUUGUUUGAUUGACAGGUUCAGGGAACCACAACCGGCGGCGGCGUUUCAUCGUCGGAAAAAUAAUGGAUACUAUAACAACGGUUACCGGAAACCGGUUGUUAGAACGGAGAAAAAGAAGUUGAACAACAAGAUCCAGAACCAAUCUGAGCCGUCAAUUUCGAGGAGAUCUGAGGAAUCGAAACCGGUUCAGAUCCCCGGGGGAGUUACACCGGCGGUGGACGGCGGAAUCGUGAUGGGUCAGGUAAUGAUUUUGAGAAGGGGAGAGUCGUUGGAUUCUCUGAACCCGAAUAUAAGGAAAGAGAACAAAACGACGUCGUCGGGUAAGAAGAAGAAACAACCGGCGAGUGGUAGCGGUGAUGAGUUGACGGUUUACGGUACCGGAAGAUUGGGUCCGGAUCAACCCGGGAUGUUACCCAAAAAUAUCCGGGUCGGGCAUACUCCGACCGACGUGUAUGCUGGAUCUGCUUUCUCGAAUUCUCCAUCGCCUAGAUCUCUUCCUCUACCCUCUUUCUUCAACAACAUGAACAACAACAAAAAGCAAGUAGAAUUCAAACCAUUUGAUGAUUCCGCCUCGAGAGAUUUACGGAGGUUGCUCCGACUCGAGUAG